AAUCCCGCAAAGAUGUUGCUGCCCGAGUUGUCAGUCGUGACACUCCAUCGUCAUCCUGACUCAUCAUCGAUCGAGGGAGAAGCCAUCUCGCUGAUACCGCCAUAUCGCGCAACAAGGCCAAGGUGUCCUCUCAGUGAAGAUGGCACCUAGCUUAUUUGAGAAAGCCAAAUUCAAGGCCAGAAGGCUAUUGCAGCCCGCUCCCCGAGAAUCUACCUCCACCCCAUCACCACCAAUACCUUCGCCGACACCGUCUCAGCCUGCAUCCGAACCAGCAACUCAACCAACAUCUCAGCCAACGCCUUCUCCACCCACCUCAACAGAUGCUGAAACCUCACCGCUGCCGAGUCUACAAGAGCGACUUUGGAACCAGGCCUACGACGAGCUCAAAGCGAGCGAGCCCAAACUGGUCGAAGCGUACGAGAAGAUCCUAUCAGUUGGAAUACACCGAAACGACCCGAGCUCUGUUACUUGCGAAUCAACGGAAAACGAGAUAGGGGGGGCUCGCGAGACGCGAUGCCGCCAAAUGCAGCAGUUAGUCCAGGAUGGACUAGACCGGACGCAGAAAGCAGCGUCCUUCAAGCGAGGAAUCGACGAAGGCUUGCAAGCAGUGCAAGCGGUCAGGGGAAUAGUGGAUAAGGCGGUUCAUGCUGCUCCGGAAGCCGCCGUCGCCUGGAUCGGCGUCUGCCUUGGACUAGAGAUCCUUUCGAACCCCGUCACCGAGGCACGCUACAAUCGCAAAGGCAUCGCCUACGUCCUGUCGAGAAUGGAGUGGUACUGGAACUUAGUGUCCCUGCUUCUCGACGAGAACAAGGCCGAGCAAUCUUCCGCGGGACUGCGAGUCAAACUGGAGAAGCAUGUCGUGCGGCUCUACGAGAAACUUCUGUCGUAUCAGAUAAAGAGCGUCUGCCUUUACCACCGCAACUGGGCUGCUGUGGUCUUGAGGGAUGUGGUCCGACUGGAUGACUCGGCUGGCCAGCUCGAUGAGAUCCAGGAUGCCGAGGCUGCUGUUCGAACAGACUCGGAUCAAUACAACACUGAGCAGAGCAAGAUCUAUCUCCGGAAACUCACGGACGCCGCAAGCGCUCUAAAGAUGAAUCUCCAAGACAUCCAUGCGGCCAUUGAGGACCAAACACGACAGCAAGAGAAGAGACACCAAGACGACAAGUACGAGAAAUGUAUGCAGGAUCUGCAUGUGACUGAUCCUCGCGAGGAUAAGAAGCGAAUCCAAGACACGAAGGGCGGCCUACUCAGGGACUCUUAUCGCUGGAUUCUUGACCACGCCGACUUCCAGCGAUUUCGCGACGAUCCAGAGAGCCGGCUGCUCUGGAUCAAAGGCGACCCUGGUAAAGGCAAGACUAUGCUCCUGUGCGGCAUCGUCGACGAGCUAGAGAAGGGAUCCAACAGCCUCCUGUCCUACUUCUUCUGCCGAGCCACUGAGGCUGCACUGAGCAAGGCGGCAUCUGUGCUGCGUGGCCUCAUCUACCAUGCAGUACCCACCUACCAGUAAUACCCACCUACCGGUAAGCAAAAAAAAAAUUUCCUCAUACAAAAUGCAAUUUUUCAACCAGAUGUAAGAAAUCCACCAAAAAUAAUAAGAGUGAAAUAAUUUUCGAAUUUCGUUUUAGAAUUAAGUGGAUUUUAGUAUUUUCGCGGUAUUCUAACUUCACGUCCUGCCCGCGUGCGUACCACAGUUAAUUCUUCCUCCUCCGAAUUUGACCUCUCAUCUUCUUCCAUCCCUCCUACCUCGAUCACAUCCUCAACAGCAUCUGCCCUUUCAAUUGCUUCGUUUGGCUCCGAAAUAGCGCCACCAGCCACUAGAGCUUCGGCCAAUGUCAUGAACCUUUUGUUAGGAUUCGGUAUCGCCUUCCUCUUCUUGCCUCUGCUCAACCGGCCAACUUCCUCCUCCAGACUGG